GCAUGUAGGAACAGGAAGUGUGGAAACAGGAAAAAUCUCGCAGAGAAGAAAAGUUACAGUGCAGUAAAUAAAAAAUGAGUCGCAUUUAUCACAACGCGUCUUUACAGAACAAACCGGUCCACACGGAGAGAUUGGAGCGCGCGUGGUGUCCCUCCGCGUAUGAAAGCGGCGAGGGAGUUCUUCUGGAAGGAAAGCUGCUGGAUGUUUCCAGACAUGCUAUCAACGAUGACAACAACCAAAAGGCCCGUUUCUACGUGCUCUACGUCAAACCCAGCCGCAUCCAUCGGAGGAAGUUUGAUGCCAGCGGGAAGGAGAUCGAGCCAAACUUCAGUGACACCAAAAAGGUUAACACUGGCUUCCUCAUGUCCUCCUACAAGGUGGAAGCCAAAGGGGAGUCGGACCGUCUGUCUGAGGAGCAGCUGUCAGAGAUGGUGAACAAAGCUGAGCUGAUGAAGAUAACAGACAAGCACCGACCCGGCGGGACCUGGGCCUUCUGGUACCCCGAGUCACAGAUGGAUGAAAUGGAGCUGGAAACAGGACAGGACGUCCGGCUGAAGACCAGAGGAAACAGUCCUUUCAUAUUCUCCUUAGCCAAAGUUGACGGCAGCACGGUGACCAAGUGUAACUUUGCUGGAGACGAAAAGGCUGGAGCAUCGUGGACGGACAAGAUCAUGGCCAACAAAGCAGACGCAGCCAGCGCUCAGAAGUCUGGAGGAGAAGGAGAGGGAGCAGACGAGGACGAAUGGGUGAGGACCAUGGAUGUAUUAUAUACAUACAAACCUGGAAAACUGCCUUGA